CCCGGGGCCGGCCGUGCCGAUGGCAUCCCGGAGCCUGCUGCUCCUCCUGGGAAUGUGGGCCAUCACCAGCCAUGGAGGAGCUGUGCCGAGCACUGGAGAACCCAGGCUGCGGCUCACGGGCGGCGGGUGCCGCUGCUCCGGGAUGCUGGAAGUCAAUUGGGACGGCAAAUGGAGCCGCGUGUGCCAGGACGUUGUGAUUGGAGCCAGUGCUGAUGGCAUGUGCCGGAGCCUGGGCUGUGGUCCCCCCAUCACCGGGCCCCUCCGGCUUGCGCCCAGCACCGGGAAGGAGCCACCCUUGGGUCCGCUGCGGUGCCCGGUGCUGGUGGAUGCUCCAAUGGGAUGCGUUUGGGAGCCGGCAAACUGCACGGAGCACGCGGUCCUCACCUGCAGCGAGCCAGCAAAAACCACCCCGGCGCCUCCUCCAGCCACCACACCGGAGCCCACCGGGCCCCCCCGGCUGCGCCUGGUGGAUGGUGAUACCGGUUGCUCGGGCUUCCUGGAGCUGCACAAGGCAGGGAUGUGGGGCUCGGUGGCCACGGACCGGAGCAUCCCGGUGGCGUUGGCGGCCCGCGUGUGCGGGGCCCUGGGCUGCGGGAGCGCCUUGGAGGGCUCCGUUCCCCCACGGCCGCGGUGGGGCAGCCCCCUACCGGUGCGCUGGGAGGUGAUGGAGCCCUGCGGGAGCCUCCGCCUCCUCGAGUGCUUCAACGGGAGCAGCGGCCGGAGGGGAGCGGAGCCCGCGUUCAUCCGGUGCUCAGACUCCCAACCCAAGGCCCUGCGGAGGCUGGCAUCCGGCCCCACACCAUGCGAAGGGGACAUCGAGGUCUUCCAUAGGGACCAGUGGCGGGUGCUGUGCGACAGCAGGACCCUGCGGGCACAGUGGGGCAGGGAGCUGUGCCAGGAGCUGCGCUGUGGGAACCUCUCGUCCAGCACCGAAACGCGGGACCCCCCUCCUUCCACGGGGGUCACUUGUGGGGUCCCCAACCUGCACCUCUGCCCCCUCAGGGACACCCCGAGCUGCUCCAGGAUCCGAGUCGUGUGCCAGGACUCGAAGCCGCAUCCCAGAGGCACGGCCCCGGGUACCAUCGUGAGCAUCUGCCUGGCCCUGCUGCUCUUCGGCAUCCUCUUGGUCCUCUGCGGGCCUCCCGCUUACAGGAGGCUGAUGAAGAGAAGGUCCAGGAAGAAGCAGCGCCAAUGGAUCGGCCCCACGGGACUCAACCAGACGGUUUCCUUCCACCGCAACAGCACCAUCACGCAGAGGCCACGGGCAGAGGGGCAGCGGGUGCAGGGGGGGGACAACGACUACGCUCAGCCCCCCAAGAAGAGCCCUCACACCCCGGAGUACCCAGCCCUGGAAGGAGCGUUGCGACCUCCCAACCCUUCGGAGAACGCCUCGGACAGUGACUACGACCUGCACUCUGCGUGCAGAGUGUGACCCCAAAGGGUGCUGGGCCCCAGGCCAGCCCUCCCCCUGCUCA